GCCUACAAUACGGAAAGCUGUGUUUUCCCAAAGUCAACUAAAUGACUAAGAAGGCAUGAUUUGUGAUUUGGCUUGAUAGGGUGUAGGUGUGUAAACCCUUAGACCUCCCCCAACGAUAAGGGACAUGCGAGAGUCGUUCCUGAAGUUUACAACAUGGUGUGUCAUACAAGGGUCGUAUAUUUGACGCACAGUCCAAGUCUCUAACAGCUCAUUUCCUUUCAGAGGCUCAGAAAAUGAGGAUGUAUCAGUGCGUUCUAUUCGCUCUCACUGGCCUUGUUUGUGGGCUGCUUGCCUUCCAAAUGCCGGAAAUCUGCAACCAGGAUGCCGUGGUCGGGCAAUGCAGGGCCAUGCUGUCUAGGUACUACUACGACGUCAAAGCCAAGGCGUGCUACAACUUCAUGUACGGCGGCUGUCACGGCAAUCAGAACAACUUUGAGACCAAGGACCAGUGUGAGCUGACGUGUAUGGGCACGUCGUUUAGUGGACUACCACAGUCGCACAUCUUAAGCAGGCCUAGGAAUACAUCCGACAUGUGUUACCUGGAGCCGGUAGUCGGCAAGUGUAAGGCGACCAUCGAACGGUACUACUACGACCAAAAGAGCAAAGCCUGCAACACGUUUAACUACGGCGGCUGUGAGGGCAAUGCCAACAACUUCGAGACCAAACAACAAUGCCUGCACGAGUGCACGGAAGCCGGGAAAAGAAUCGUAGCCAAGCCUUGCUUCCAGGCACCCGACACGGGAGACUGCAAGGCUGCGAUCAGCAGGUAUUAUUACGACCCAGCGACGAGGAAGUGCGCCACGUUCUUGUACGGCGGCUGUAAGGGCAACAACAACAACUUCCAGACUAUAGACCAGUGUGAGAACGAAUGCUUGGACGACUCGGCGGAACCUAAAGAUCACGACAGACCCACAUACUGCCAGGAGGAGGCGGACGCGGGGCCAUGCAGGGCCAGCAUCAAACGGUUCUACUACCACCCCACCUCCGGCAGGUGUAUCGAGUUCUUCUACGGGGGCUGCCAGGGGAACAGGAACAACUUCGAGACCCAGGAGGAGUGCGCGCUGCACUGCGCCUCACUCUCCAUGACCAAAGGCGGAAACACGGCCUCGGCCUUGACCUUGAAUGUACCAAUGGCCUUUGUGUUGGUCCUGUGUCUACUCUAUAUCCGUGUUUUACCUUAGUUUUGUUUCAACAUUAUCAUUCAACAGACAUACUGUUUUGGUCGUUCAUAGUUGCACACUGCUUGUAAAAUACUUAUUGAAUAGAAUGUAUUAUAAUUUAGGACGUUAAAAAAAUUAUUGUACAUAUUUCAUUUCAUCAGUGCUAACAAACAAUAAAACAACAUUUUGCCUACA